AUGGUUGAGCGGGUUGGAAACCCGCCGCAGGUCAUCCUAAGCGGCAGUAAGAUCAUUAUGCCCGAAACGGGUCACACCCGAUUUCUGGAUUCCUUAGCAUAUAUGCCUAUGGCAUUAUCGGUGCUACCGAAGGCUUUUGGACUACCGACUACUUCCGUGAAAGGUGUAUUCCCCCAUCUUUUCAAUACCCCUGAAAACGUGGGUUACGUGGGACCGCUCACCGCAGCGAAGUUUUACUCUCCGGAUACCAUGAGUAGCGAUGCGCGAGCAGAGUUUCACUCAUGGUACGACGAAGCUGUAGCGAACGACCAUCUGUUCGACUUUGACGCGGAAUUGUUGUCGUACUGUCGGUCGGACGUGGACCUGCGACGUGCGUGCGUAGCAUUCAGGGACAUAUUUCUGGAGUGCGGCAGAGUGUGUCCCUUUACCGAGAGCACGACAAUUGCCUCGGCUUGUUUGGCACUGUUCCGUAAAAAUUUUUUACAACUGGAGCGAAUAGGUAUCCUGCCACCGGGCGGCUAUUGUCUUGCCGAUGCCCAGUAUCGUAAGGCUCUGGAGUGGUUGGUCGUGAAAGAGCGCGAGCUGGGUAUUGACAUCAGCCAUGCCGGAAACGGACGUGAGUUUCGGAUUCCGGAGACGGGUCGCAAGGUGGACGGAUACCAUUGGGAAUGCGUGUUUGAUCGGAGCUUGAGGGAGAACGAGGAGAUGAGGGAGUACGUGGCAACACACCCGCUGAUCGCUGGCACUGCCACGAGCGAAGCACUCAAUCCGCGUGAUGCGUUCUACGGUGGUCGAACGGGGAACGCUUCCCGAUACUACGAGGUGAAAACAGAUGCAACGGGCAACGCGUACGAGGAAAUACGAUACGUCGAUGUUUGCUCGUUGUAUCCGUUCAUCUGUAAGAAUGGAAGGUUUCCUGUUGGCCACCCGACGGUCUACGUUGGAGAGGAGUGUAAGCUCUUGACACGGUCAAGUGGUUGCGACAUCACGCGAGUUGAGGGGCUCAUCAAGUGCCGAAUUUUACCGCCUCGCAAUCUUUAUCACCCUGUUUUGCCGGACGAGUGUAGACAUGAUGACGAGGCUGCGCGAGAAUUCGAGGGCACGUGGGUGUCGAUCGAAUUAAAAAAAGCCGUGGAAAUGGGAUACAAGAUCAGGAGCAUACGCGAGAUCUGGUCGUAUACGGUGACAUCGUUUGACCCGAUUACUCGUCAAGGUGGGCAUUUCGCCGGCUAUAUCGACACCUUCCUCAAGAUUAAGCAAGAGGCAAGCGGCUGGCCUGCUGAAUGCGAGGACGAGCCGGCUCGAAUGCGCUACCUUGAUGAGUACGAGCGGGUCGAGGGUAUACGGCUAGAUGGCGACCGUAUUGCUAAGAAUCCCGGCAUGCGAUCAGUUUCCAAAUUAUGCUUAAAUUCGUUUUGGGGCAAGUUCGGGCAACGCGAGAAUCUGGUAAAAACAGAGGUUAUAAAGACGCGUCAGCAGCUGCUCGAGCUUUUGACCAACUCUGAAGUCGAGGUGUCCGGUUUGCUGCCCGUGACCGCCGAAGUGUUGUACGUGCGUUGGUCACACGCGCAACACAGCGUUGAACCGUCAGCGCUGGCAAACGUCGUGAUUGCCUCGUACACCACUGCCCAGGCUCGGCUGAAGCUCUUCUCGUUCCUUGAGAUGCUCGAUCGGCGCGUGCUCUAUUACGACACCGAUUCAGUAAUUUAUACCUGA